AUGGCAUUGAAAAAAGCAGGUGUUUUGGGCGCCACCGGCUCUGUCGGUCAGCGUUUCAUCUUAUUGUUGGCUGAACAUCCAGAAUUCGAAAUUCACGCCUUGGGUGCUUCCUCCCGUUCGGCUGGUAAGGCUUAUAAAGAUGCCGUGACCUGGAAACAGACGUCGCUUUUGCCAGAAUACGCUAAGAAUAUUGUCGUGGAGGAGUGUAAGCCAGAGGGCAACUUCGCCGACUGUGAUGUGGUGUUCUCCGGUUUGGACGCCGAUGUUGCUGGUGACAUCGAGGCCGCCUUUGUCAAAGCUGGCAAGGCCGUCAUCUCCAAUGCUAAGAACUACAGAAGAGCACCUGAUGUGCCUUUGAUAGUGCCUAUUGUGAACCCAGAACACUUAUCUGUUGUUGAGAAGAAGGUUGCUGACGCCAAGGCUGCCGGCAAGCCUGCUCCUGGUUUCGUUGUGUGCAUCUCCAACUGUUCCACUGCUGGUUUAGUUGCACCUUUGAAGCCUUUGGUUGAUGCGUUCGGUCCUAUCGACGCCUUGACUGCUACCACCUUGCAGGCCAUCUCUGGUGCUGGUUUCUCUCCUGGUGUCUCUGGAAUCGAUGUGUUGGACAACAUUGUGCCAUACAUUAGUGGUGAAGAAGACAAGAUGGAAUGGGAGACCAGAAAGAUUUUGGGAGGAACCAACGCCGAGGGUACCGAAUUCGUUCCAUUACCUUACGAUGAAAUGAAGGUCAGUGCUCAGUGUAACAGAGUGGCUGUCAGCGAUGGUCACACCGAGUGUAUCUCAUUCAGAUUCGCCAAGCAGCCCGCCCCAUCUUUGGAACAGGUGAAGGACGCCAUGAGAAACUACCAGUGUACUGCCUCCAAAUUGGGAUGUCCUUCUGCUCCUAAGCAAACCAUCCACGUGUUGGAGGAGAGUGACAGACCUCAACCAAGAUUGGACAGGGACAGAGAUGCUGGUUACGGAGUGUCCGUGGGUAGAGUGAGAGAGGACCCAGUUUUGGACUUCAAGAUGGUUGUUUUGUCGCACAACACCAUCAUCGGUGCUGCUGGUGCCGGUAUCUUGAUUGCUGAGAUCUUGAAGGCUAAGAAUGUGAUUUAG